CUUAUUAGUGCACAAACACAAGAGUUAAAGCGUUGUAGUGCCCUUCAUAUAGUCAGAAAUAAGGCGUUUGGGAUUGAGCCAUGAUGUGACGAGCCAGCACCUGAUUACAGAAACAAAAGUUAGUAGCAGUGUAAUGCGGAUAAACAACACGGACUUUUUAUAUUUACCCCACUUUGGCAUGAUGAUGAAUGAUGAUCACUGAUGAUGAUAAUGCAGUUUUGACGAUAUAACGAAUUAGACUACAACAACCCGCCAAUCAAGCUUGAAGUCUGAUUGGACAGGAUUCCCCUGAACCUUAUUGACUAACCUGAACCAUACCUAAUUUAAACGUCAUCCUCACUCACUCUCACUCAUUUUCUACCGCUUAUCCGAACUAUUCUCGGGUCACGGGGAGCCUGUGCCUAUCUCAGGAAUCAAAUAUUUUGGAGCCCAAUUGGGCAGGAACCCCCCCAAUCUGGCAACACUGGUGCUGGUAAAUGGUGCCACUGUUUGGAAAUCAUCACUAAUUCCCACUAACCUGCAGAUUAAGACUAUUUCAGCUGCACUUUAUUUUGCUGAAGAAAUCAAAUAUUUUGACAAUCAUGUCCCAGCAUUUGCAUGCACGGAGGCUUGAAAAAUUGGACAAGAAUGUGUGGCUGGAAUUUGCAAAGCUAGCUGCUGAAUAUAAGGUAGUGAACCUGGGACAAGGAUUCCCUGAUUUUUCUCCUCCCAGCUUUCUCUUGGAGUCUCUCUGCAAGGCCAUCAAUGGAGGAGCCUCCAUACACCAGUACACACGUGCCUUUGGCCAUCCACCUCUUGUCAAGAUCCUUGCCAAAUUCUUUGGGAGGAUUUUAGCCCGUGAAAUAGACCCCAUGAAGGAGAUACUGGUUUCUGUGGGAGCCUAUGGGAACCUUUUCUGUGCCUUUCAGGGUCUGGUUGAUGAGGGUGAUGAAGUGAUCAUUGUGGAGCCUUUCUUUGACUGCUAUGAAGCCAUGACAUUAAUGGCAGGUGGAAAACCUGUCUUCAUUACCCUGAAGACUCAAAAGGUCACCGGUCCGGCUUUGUCUAGUGCUGAUUGGGUGUUAUGUCCUGAAGAGCUAGCAAGUAAAUUUAACUCUCGUACAAAGGCUAUCGUCAUCAACAAUCCCAAUAAUCCCUUAGGCAAGGUCUUUCAGAGGGAAGAGUUACAGAUGAUAGCUGACCUGUGUAUAAAGCACGAUGUUAUUUGCUUCAGUGACGAGGUGUAUGAGUGGCUUACAUAUGAUGGAGCACGACAUAUUAAAAUAGCCAGUCUUCCAGGCAUGUGGGAGCGUACGAUCACUGUUAGCAGUGCAGGCAAGAGCUUCAGUGCUACAGGAUGGAAGGUGGGCUGGGCUAUAGGGCCGGGACAUCUACUGAAACAUCUGCAAACUGUCCAUCAGAACUCCUUAUAUCACUGUCCCACUCUUAAUCAGGAGGCUGUUGCUAUGGCUUUCGAAAGGGAAUAUGAACUGUUUGGCACAGAGGAAAGCUAUUUCAAACAACUACCUGCACAGCUGCAGUCCAAAAGGCUCAGGUUAGUUGAGUGUCUGAGGAGUGUCGGACUACAACCCAUCCUGCCUGAGGGUGGCUACUUCAUGAUCACAGACAUUUCCUCCCUGAAGGUUGACAUGAAUGACCCGAAUUCCAAGGAUGAACCCUAUGACUACAGAUUUGUCAAGUGGCUUAUUAAAGAGAAGCGUUUGGGUACUAUCCCUGUAUCUGCAUUUUACAGCCAAGAAAGCAGACCACAGUUUCAGAACUACAUCCGAUUCUGCUUUGUAAAGGAUGACUCUACCCUCAAAGCAGCUGAAGAUAUUCUGAGACAGUGGAUAGCAGAAAUAAAUGGAAUAUGAUUCUGUCCAAAACGAGCUUUGCAAGUCAGAUGUAUGGAAGUAUGGAAGAAUCUUGCUUUAUUAUAACUGUGUAUUAAUUAAACCAAUUAUUUUUUUGCAUUUAUUUUGUCUGUAGAUACAUUUUGUUGUAUGUCAGUAAGCUUGUCAAAACCCAGCUAAGUUGCUAACAAGUAAACCUCAGGACAUGUGCCCAGAAAAGUCCCUCAACAAUUCUAGCUGGUGUUACUAUCAUACAUUUUAAUUAUUAUGAGCAACUUUCAAAGAUCAUCUGUUUUUUUUUUUAUGUAAUUAUACCUAGCUCUACCUAGCUCUAUUAUUAUCGAUGCAUUUAUCUAAAUCUUGUAGAGCAUUAUUUUUGUGACUUUUAUGUAAAGUUUUAUUUAAGUCUACUUCUGUUCUUUGUCACAUGUUCCUGCUUGAUUAUGCUCAUCAUUUUGUGUUCAAAACAGUUCAGCAGUCAAACUAAGUUUCUUUAUUUAAUGAAUGCCAUGUUUUAAAUGUUGCAUUAGCUUCCAAAGCUUAAUGCGUAUGUUUUUGCUCCAUAGCCUUGCCAUUAGUGUGUGUUUCUUGCUACUUUGCUAUGUGGUUCUAAGUUAGUGUAUUCCCUUUGCAUUGUAAAAUAAAUCUAUCUAUAUUGCCA